AGAGAGAGAGAGAGAGAGAGGAAAGCCUUUAAGAAUAGAAAGAAAAAGAGAAACGCUGCAGAACCACACUGCGCUCCGCUCCGCCGUGCGCUCUGUACAGCAUGAGGCAGUGAACCGGGAGGACCGCGGGACUUUACACACACACACACACACACACACACACACACACACACACACACACACACACACACACACACACACACACACACACACACACACACACACACACACACACACACACACACACACACACACACACACACACACACACACACGGCACACACACGGCACUGAGAGGAGACCUUUGCUGCACAAAUCGCACUCACAGCAUCUUAGGCACUACUGCGUUCUCUGCCUGGCUGUUGGAAGUUGACCCACAGACGAGUUACCCGUCUUGCUGAGCUGCCUGGAAGCUGAAGUUGAACACAUACAACUUACACUCAAACACACAUACACUCAUAGGCUCACACAUUCGUGCCAAGAGCUGCUGUCAUGGCCCCAGAAUUCAGUGCGUCACUCUGGUGAGCGGUUGAGCGAACCAGGCUGAAGACAUGUUGGCACAGAGGGACGGGUACCGCACUGAAACUAGCUGUAGUAACCAUGGAAACGGUGUGGAGGAGCUUGGCCUGUGUUGGGGUCAUCGCCAUGGUAACCGCUGGUGUGGGAGCGAUCGUUUCUGCACAGGACGGUCAAGCUGCAUUCCUCUCCAGUCUGACUCAUUAUGAGAUUGCCAUCCCCAUCCGCGUUGGCCCUCGUGGCGAGUCGACUUACGAUGCUGAGGCCUCAAACAGGCACAGGCGCCAUCGGCGGAGUCCCGAGAUGAAACAGAAGGUUCCUGAGCAACAGCUUUAUUACCAGCUGUCCACACCGAGCACAAGUCUCUUUCUGAACCUCACACUUCAGAGCGGCCUGCUGUCCCGAAAGUUCCGGGUCGAGUACUGGGGUAAAGGCAGGCUGGCGUGGAGUCACCCCUACUCAUCCGACUGCCAGUACAUGGGGCACCUGCAGCACCAGCCCCAGUCCAGCACUGUGGCCCUCAGUAACUGCAAUGGCCUGCAGGGGGUGAUUGUAGCUGGAGGAGAGGAAUACCUCAUUGAACCUUUGGUUUCUGCUGAAAACCAGACGAGUGUGGACAGGAAAGAAGAACGCCCCCAUGUGGUGUACAAGAGAUCGUCUCUGCGACAUCUCUACAUGGACCAGUCCUGUGGAGUCAUCGAUGAGAAACCAAUGAAAAGCUUCGAUUGGUGGCAGAGAACGAUUAAACCGCCCAACCAGAUGGGUCGUGGCCAGCUGCCGCUGAAGCGUUCGGUGAGCCGCGAGCGCUACGUAGAGACACUGGUGGUGGCUGAUAAGAUGAUGGUGUCGUACCACGGGAGACGUGACAUCGAGCAGUACAUACUGGCUGUCAUGAAUAUUGUUGCCAAACUGUUCCAGGAUUCUAGCCUGGGGAAUGCAGUGAACAUUGUAGUGACUCGACUGAUCCUGCUAAUGGAGGACCAGCCGACUCUGGAGAUCAACCACCACGCCGGGAAGUCUUUAGACAGCUUCUGUAAGUGGCAGAAAUCCAUCCAGCAGAGCAACGGCCACGGAAACUCCAUCCCUGAGAACGGCAUCGCACCUCACGACACGGCCGUCCUCAUCACGAGGUACGACAUCUGCAUCUACAAGAACAAGCCGUGCGGGACGCUGGGCCUGGCCCCGGUUGGUGGAAUGUGUGAGCCGGAGAGAAGCUGCAGUAUAAAUGAAGACAUCGGUCUGGCCACAGCGUUCACCAUCGCUCACGAGAUUGGACACACGUUCGGGAUGAAUCACGACGGUGUCGGGAACCCGUGCGGAGCUCGCAGUCAGGACACAGCUAAGCUCAUGGCCGCCCACAUCACCAUGAAGACUAACCCCUUCGUCUGGUCAGCGUGCAGCCGCGAUUACAUCACCAACUUCCUCAACUCUGGAAUGGGUUCGUGUGUGAACAACGUUCCCCCGAAGCAGGAGUUCGUGUACCCGACCACGGCGCCCGGUCAGGCCUACGAUGCAGACGAGCAGUGUCGUUUCCAGUACGGAAUAAAAUCCCGGCAGUGUAAAUAUGGGGAGGUGUGCAGUGAACUGUGGUGUAUGAGUAAGAGUAACCGCUGCAUAACCAGCAGCAUCCCUGCAGCAGAAGGCACCAUCUGCCAGACCAGUACCAUAGACAAAGGGUGGUGCUACAAGCGGAUGUGUGUGCCGUACGGCACGCGUCCAGAGGGCGUGGACGGCCAAUGGGGCGCGUGGUCUCCGUGGGAGGAGUGCAGUCGUACCUGUGGGGGCGGAGUCUCCUCCUCUGUUCGCCACUGCGACAGCCCCAGGCCCACCAUUGGAGGACGUUUCUGUCUGGGCGAAAGGAAAAGGUUCAAAUCCUGCAACAUCGAGGAGUGUCCUCCUGGGUCUCAGGAUUUCCGAGAGAUUCAGUGUUCGGAUUUUGACAGCGUUCCUUUCCGGGGGAAAUUCUACACCUGGAAGCCGUACAGAGGCGGUGGAGUAAAAUCAUGCUCUCUGAACUGCCUGGCUGAAGGUUAUAACUUCUACACUGAGCGUGCUCCGGCGGUGGUGGAUGGGACACCGUGCAGAGACGACUCUCUGGACGUGUGUGUUAAUGGCGAGUGUAAGCAUGUGGGCUGCGAUAAGAUCCUCGGCUCGGAUGCCCGCGAGGAUCGCUGUCGCUUGUGUGGGGGCGACGGGAGCAGCUGCGAGGCCAUCGAGGGCGUCUUCAACGAUUCUCUCCCUGAAGGAGGUUAUGAAGAGGUGAUCAGGAUUCCUAAAGGAUCUGUGUUCAUACAUUUACAGGAACUCAACAUUUCUCUUAAUUAUCUAGUUCUAAAAAGCAAAAGCGACCAGUACUUUAUCAACGGCAAGCUGACCAUCGACACGCCUCGCCGGUUUGACAUCGCCGGCACGACUUUCCACUACCGCAGACCCACAGAUCAGCCCGAAACCCUCGAAGCUCUGGGGCCCACCAACAUGACCCUCAUCGUCAUGGUCUUGGUGAGGGAAGAGAACCAAGGCAUCCAUUACCGCUUUAACCCCCCUUUAAACAGAGACACUCAGAGCGUCUUCAGCUGGCACUCGACGUUUUGGAGCCGCUGCUCAGUCUCGUGUGCUGGAGGGUUUCAGAUCCAGCAGGUGGUGUGUAAGAAACAAUCUGAUCACUCUGUGGUAUUCAAUCACUUCUGUGAGAAGAAGAGCAGGCCUAAAGAGAAGAAACGUCCGUGCAACACAGCACCGUGUCCUCCAACCUGGUGGGUGAGCGAGUGGUCCGAGUGCAGCAGGAGUUGUAGUGGAGGUGUGCGCACUCGGGAGGUUCUGUGUAAGAGGAAGAUCAGCUCCACAGAGGAGAAGGUUCAGGACGAUUCGUCCUGCGUCCAGCCGCGGCCUCCGGUCACCGAACCCUGUAACAAUCACACCUGUCCCCCUGAGUGGCACGCCCUUGACUGGUCUGAGUGCACACCCAGCUGUGGACCAGGUUACAGACAGAGGGUGAUUCUGUGCAGAAGCGGAGAGAGCGGAGAAACUCUGGCUGAGUCUGAUUGUCCUAAACACGGCCGCCCCACCACCAGGAUGCGCUGUAACCUGCAGCGAUGUCCUGCUCCUCAGUGGCUCACCGGACCUUGGAGCGAGUGUUCUGCUAAGUGUGGCAUGGGGCAUCAGAUGCGUUCAGUGCAGUGUGUGUCACACACUGGCCUGCCGUCCAGUGAGUGUCCAGAGCUGCAUCGACCCGUCUUCAUGCAGCAGUGCAGAAGCAAGUGUGACCUCAGCGUCACCACAGACAACCUUGAGGAGUGUAAAGAUGUGAACACAGUGGCGUACUGCCCCCUGGUGCUCAGGUUUAAGUUCUGCAGCCGCCCAUAUUUUCGACAGAUGUGCUGCAAGACCUGCCAAGGACACUGACCUCCUCUCUUCUCCUUUCUCCCUUUCUCUCUCUCUCUCUCUCUCUCUCUCUCUCUCUCUUUCUCUCUACUCCACCACUCUCUUCUUUCCAUACUCUGAGUGCCCGUCCUACCCCAGAGAGAGAGAGAGAGAGAGAGAGAGAGAGAGAGGAAAGGAAGGAGGGAGAGAGACUGUGCUGCUGUCCUCCACUCUCCCAAACCAGCUGCUCUGGUGCAGUUCCUGUGAAUGUCAGAUGGUCAGAGAGAGAUUUGUAUUCUAUUAGUUGUCCUGAACUUGGUGCUAGUUUUUAUUUCACCCAUAUUUCAGAAGGUUCUACUCAGUUCUAGCUACAGCUGAGCGCAGCACUGCACAGAUUACUGACUCCAAUAGUGCACAUAUUCGCAAAGCGUUCUUUAGAGCAGUAACAAAGAUAAAGAACUUCCUUCAUCUGGUUCCUGAAUUUGUUUUCCCGAAUUAGCCAAAGCCGUGUUAAAGAGACAGCAACGCUUCGUCGAAUCGCCUCACCCUGAUAAAGCGCUUAUAGCAGGGGAGUCGAACUCAAAUUCACAGUGGGCCAAACUAUAAAACUGAGAUAAAGUCACGGGCCAAACUGAAUAUUUAUCAAAAAAUGAACUGCAAUUAAAUGAUAUGUAAUGUUCAACCUUUUUUAUAUGGAAACAAACACAGGAUUCGGAACGACUCCUGAGUUCUUUGCCGAGUCAAUAACACUCCUGAUCUAAACGCUGUUACUACACAAAACGCGGUUGUAGCUGCCUCUCUACAUUACUACGAUAGAAAAGAGGUGUUAUUUGUGUAGUAACAGCGUUUAGCUCAGGAGUUAUUGACUCGGGAAACUCCAA